AAAAUAAGGAAAUGAUGACAAGGCAGAUUUCUUAGAGCUCCAACAGCAAACUAUUUGAUCUUUUGAAAAUACAGUUAGAUUUCCCUCCACACAUUUCUCCAUUGCCUUAUCCUUUCACUUUCUCUGCCUUCUUCCUUUCUUUCUUUUUUCUUUCCCUCCAAACAAAAAGAAAAUAUAAUCACAGAAACCCAUUAACAAAAAUCACAGCAUCUGCACACCUGAAACCGUAGUUUCACCAUUCCGAAUGGCUAGCAAAUUAGCCUUCUCUUUGACUUUCCCUCGUGUCUACUCUGCUCCUAUUCUGAAACCACUCAUUUCUUUAUCUUCUUCGUCAAGAAUUCACUCCAGUCACCUCCACGGAAAGCAUUUAUCUGUUCGUCGCAGAAUUCUUUUGCUUCCAAUCAAAGCUACUGCUGAUCAACAACAAGUCUCAGGUUGCCAGGAAAGUUCAUGUUCUGAUCCUGAUAUGUUUUCAGGUAAAGUGGAAGGAGAUGAAGUCGUUGAUGGUAAAAUUCUGCAGUACUGUAGCAUAGACAAGAAAGAUAAAAAGUCAAUAGGUGAAAUGGAGCAGGAGUUUCUUCAAGCUCUGCAAGCUUUUUACUAUGAGGGAAAAGCAAUAAUGUCGAAUGAAGAAUUUGAUAAUCUCAAGGAAGAACUAAUGUGGGAAGGAAGCAGUGUUGUUAUGCUAAGUUGUGAUGAACAGAAGUUUUUGGAAGCCUCAAUGGCUUAUGUAUCAGGAAAUCCAAUUAUGAGUGAUGAAGAGUUUGAUCAAUUGAAGCUAAGAUUGAAGCAAGAAGGCAGUGAGAUUGUAGUAGAGGGUCCGCGGUGCAGUCUUCGUAGUAGAAAGGUUUACAGUGAUCUAUCUGUUGACUACUUAAAAAUGUUCCUGCUGAACGUCCCUGCCGCUGUUGUUGCACUAGGCUUGUUUUUUUUCUUGGAUGAUCUUACAGGAUUUGAAAUUACAUAUCUUUUGGAGCUUCCAGAGCCAUUCAGCUUUAUCUUCACAUGGUUUGCUGCAGUGCCUGUCAUAGUCUGGUUAUCUCUGUCUUUCACAAAUGCAAUUGUGAAAGAUUUCUUGAUCCUGAAGGGCCCAUGCCCCAACUGUGGUACUGAAAAUCAGUCCUUCUUCGGAACAAUAUUGUCCAUUUCCAGUGGUGGUACCACCAACAGCGUCAAAUGCUCAAAUUGUGGAACUGAUAUGGUGUACGAUUCCAAGACACGAUUGAUUACACUGCCAGAAGGAAGCAAUGCUUGAUUAGAGGAUCAGUCAAUUUACGGGAUACUGAUAAUACACAGGUGCUACUACCUCGUAAAGUUGGAAGUGAGCAAUGUCACCUUAUAUGGAUGGAGAGGGAACUUUCAGAUGUGUACUCUGUAAUGCAUCUCUACUGUUAUGUUAAUAUUGUAAUUGUAAGUAAAUGCUUCAUACAUCGACCUUUGAUAGGCUUCCAGUAAAAGAUGAGAUCAAACUUGUAA